GACAAGAUGAGACUCGCUGUGGCAUUGUUAAUUGCAGCAUUAGUUUCAGCGAGCCACACAACGGCAAUGGUCUUGGCUUCGGAUGAAGCAAAUGGAGUCAUCCACGUUGCUGGCAAAGUACUGUGCCAGGACUGCUCCCAGGGCUGGAACGAAUGGAUUCAUGGAUCCGACCCAAUCAAAGGAAGUAAAGUGUCGCUGACAUGCUUGGACAGAAGAAGCAGGGUUAUAUACUAUACAAGCGACACAACAGAUGAAACAGGGCAAUUUGAUUUGACUGUGAGAAGGUAUUUAUAUGGCAAGAAGUUGGAUACGAAGCUUUGCACUGUGAGAUUAGUGUCGUCCCCUGACUCUGCAUGCAACAUUCUCACUGAUUUUGGUCGGGGAAGGUCUGGGCUCAAGCUCACUAAUCCCAAUUCCAUCUAUCGCGAUCUCAUCAAAUUUGUGCUCGAACCCUUCUACUUUACUACUCCAAUGUGUGAUAAACCUGACACUUCUGAUUCUCAUGACUCCCAACAACCUCGUUACUAAUGUUUCCUUUUCGAGCCCUCAUCUUUCUUUUUUUCCUUUGUAUUU